AUGCGCAAGUUUUUUCGCGAGUUGGCCUCUGGAGUUCGGUAUUGCCACGCGAACGGCAUUGCUCACCGAGAUUUGAAACCUGAGAACCUGCUGGUCCACAACAGUCGCACUGGUUCCUGUACCUUAAAGAUUGCUGAUUUUGGAUUAUCGGCUGCAUUCGGA